CCUCCUUCAAAAACACUGGAUUUUCCACGGAAAACAACGGGAGAAACGGAGAGGUUUGAUCAAUUGAUCAAUGAAAAAAAGCACAAGAUUUUUUUCCCCUCUUUUAGCGCCAUCUCGCAGUAAAAAAAGAACAUACGGGCCAACCAGAAGCGAUGAUGGUAAAAACACGACAUGGAGCUUGUCGAAACCUCAGCCGUUACUCCAUCUCGCCCUGCGCUAGCCUUUAGAGACCCAACGGAUUCGAGACUUGGCAAACAGACAUUCUACAAGAUGGCCCGCCGCUACUGGAAGCUGAGGAAUUGGCUAGACCAAACAUUGAUAAGUGGUGCGAGGCGCGUUAUUGCUGCUCUGGGCGAGACACAAUAAGGAUUCGCUAGAUGGUGGGUGGCUGGGUAGGUGAAUUUGACAAUUGGUCAGGUUGAUUCCGAUAGUAAGAGUUCUUGCUCAACCACUUCGAUUUUGGAUUUAAUUGAGAAGGAAAUAGACUGAAUAGCAUCUAGAAAACGGGAAUUGACAAGGAUUUGAUGAAGCCGAUCCAGUUACAAACGCAACUUCAUGGGCACUUAAAUGGAUGACAAAAAGAAAGUUGGGUUUUGGGUUUUCUGGAUGGAUGAGAGAUUCUCAUCUGCCAACUUUUGAAAUCAGGACAUCAGAGCCAUUGAAUUAACAUAGCUGUAACUACGCCAUUUCGAACUAAUUAUUAAUGGUGCAAAACAAAGCGACAGCCGCAACAUGAUAAUUAAAGAAACUCUCCGGUCGACCCUCCAUCCUUUCUGAAAUAUCCGUCACUGCAAUAUCCAUCCGCCAAUCCCUUUCCGUUUGCUUCGUGGUCAAUCACAAAGCCCAAACAUCUACACUUCUCUACUACUUUUUUCCUCAAAAGCGUGCUCUUCUCACCAAUCCCGCCUGCAAAGACAAGGGCGUCGACAUGACCAUCGAGCUUCACAACGUAGUUGCCGAUGAAGCCGACGAUGCGGUCGACGAAGAUGUCGAAGGCAAGUCGGUGCUGGUCUGUCGCGGGAGUUUCAGUGGCUAUCUGAGAGAAGUCGGUGGUCCCUGCGAGAGACUUCCAUCCUGAUUGUUUGUUAAGGAUGCGUUUGGCCUGAUCGGACGGAGGACAAGGUUAGAUUCCUGCUUUUUGAAGAGAGAGGAAAGGGACAAGACUCUGAGAGGGACUGGUUCCUAUAUGUCUGGACAUACCGUGCUAAUAUGCAUAUCCUUCGUGAUGAAUGAGUAGCUAAUCCCAUGGAAUCCGUACU